GUUACUAUGACAACUUGAAUGUCCAUAGCUUAAAGUUUUACAUUUUACUGUCAUAGUUACUUUUACAACUUACUUUUAGUUACUUUUCCAACCGAAAAUUAGGAUGUCAACGCCUCUGACUUCUUUCCCCGAUGACGACAAAUGUCCAAAAGUCUGCACAGAUAUUGGGGCAUUCAAAAAAGCGGAGAAAACUCCCGAACAAGUUAUAGAAGAAGCAAAAGAUGUUAUCAAACCUGAAAGUGUCGAAGAAAAUGAACGAACAGAUGAUGUUGUUGAACCUUCUAAACAGACAACAGUGGAAGAAAAUCUACCUAAUCUUAAACCGGGGCCUGAUGGAAAAGUGGACUGGACUCCUCUAGGAAACAUGACCGGUACAAGACCUGGUGUCAACAAAUAUUCAAUCAGCCGAUACUCAUUAAGCGAAUGGAGAAAACACAACGAGAAAGUACUAGAUCCUGAAGUGAUUAAUGAAUCGAAUAUUGUCGAUUAUAAUGCUAAAACAUCGAUAAUGCAAGCUUUCGGAAACAUCGAUAAACAUCAAAACAAAAACACCAAACGAUUGAAACAAAAAGCUAAGGAUAUAUUUAGAUGGAAAGUCGAAGUAGAGAAAGCUUGUAAGGCGAUAACAGAAGAAGUAGAACUCCUUGAAAUAGAACGACAAAGAUUAAAAGGAGCAUCGAGAGUAUUGAUGUUACCAGAAUCGAUAUCCAAAGAAUGUCUCGAUCUACGGUCGAAUCGAUUCGAACCAGACUUAGUGUCAGAUUUAGCAGAACAAGAAUUGAUCAAGGAAAUGAAUUUGGUAAGCGAAGUAAGAGAAACUUUGAAGACAACUCUACAAAAAAUCGAAGAACAGAUGGCCAUAAACAAGGCAGCAAAACACAGAAUUGAAUUCGACUGGUGCGAUAAAGCUAUGGCUUAUAACACUGAAACUAUUAACUUGGGAAUCAAUACGAAAUCUAAUACAAUAAUGUUUCGACCUGGAUCAACGAGGUUUGGUGACUACAGUGCUCCUUUAGAAUAUUGGGAAUAUUUUUGUCGAGAUAACGUACAAAACUGUGAAGCUGCCAGACAAAAAUCAGCCGACUUACGAGGAAGCUUAAAUGCUAUUUUAGUAAACGGGGGUCGAAAGCUAAGAAACCAGGCCGACAAAACAGACAUGGCUUUGGCGGAAACUGUGGCCUUGACAUCCGAAUUAUGCACUAAACUAGAAGAAAUGCUCAGAAAUACUCUACAAAGAAUAGCAGAUAUGGAAAAUUUAAUUGAUAAUCUGAAAGAUUCCGUUAGAAAAAUGGAUGCCGCCAUGAAAUUGGCCCAAACGAGACUCGAUAAUAGAAAUAAUUGGAGACCGCACGGCGAAAGCGUCAGGGAUCAGCCUCAUUUAGGAUUGAUAGAUGAAGUUAAAACUAUACACGAAACAGUUACUUCUCUGCUCGGACAGUUGAGAAACGCAGAAAGAGUAAGAGAAGAUUUGAUGAGGAAAAGAAUAGAUUUAGAGAAAGAUAUCGCGUCGAAACGUAAGACUUUAAAUAUUGAUCGAGAGAGGUGUGGGAUGGUUAGGUCCCACUAUCCUUCUGCAUCAGAACUAGCCGGAUAUUGAGACAAAUACAUUUAAUGUUACGCAAGUCUGUUAUAAACACAAGUUUGAGUUUUUGAAAAAAGCAAUUUUUUAAAAUUUCUUGUUUACUAAUAAAGAUAUUCUAUCCUUCCUGUUCAA